UAUAUAGUUUACGUCACAUAUACUGUAGAUUUUCAGUACUGACAGUAAAUAUCGGAACGCAGUCCCAAUAGAAUGAAUUUAGAUGAAUUUUGUGGAUGGAGAUUGGCCGAAUUUUAGAUUGCCACACAUGGCGCAAGAAAAUGUAGGAACAUUUGCUUCGACGCGAUUGGUCACUCUGCAAUGCAUCCGUUGUUCGAAAAAUCAAACGAAUUCAGUGUCGUAAUCAAUCGGAACUCCGUAUGUAUACAGUGGACGGAGGACGGAGGGUCCUCUGUAAUAUUUGGUUUUAUAAUUCUGUCUUUUAAAAUCUGAUAAAACAAAGUGAUACUCGACAACCAUGGAGCUGUGGGAAAAAGUUAUCUUGGAAUGGAUCAAUUGCUUGAAAGUACAGGAAGAAACAGUAAAAAGUAUAACUGAACUACAAGAUGGAAUAUUUUAUAUCAAUUUCCUCAAAUUAAUAAAAUGGAAGCAGCUGAAAAACUUUAAUCAGGAAGAUAUCACAAAAUUUAUAGAAGAGGAAUAUCCUACUUUUAAAGUCAAUAAGGAAGACAAUGCAGAACAUAUAUAUAUAGCGUCUUUGUUAUUGCUGCAUUUGUGUCGAGUACCGUUUGAAAUACAUAAUUCUCUGCAAUACAACAUGUGCGAUAACUUGAAAAACGAAAUACAAAUGAGAGUUAAAGCCUUCCUCGAGAACGUUCUGCCUAUUGGCAAGGAAAUUACCAAGGAAACUAUGAAAGAAGUUAUUAUGGAAGUAGAGGAUACAUCAACAACUAUAGAUAAUUAUAGAACGCCACCCUCUGAAAACUUUUUCAAUUCGCCUUUAACACGAUCUGGACGUAGCCAAAGAAUUAUGAUCGAACGAGUUCGAGAGCUAAGAGAUUUGAAAAGUAGUUUGGCAAUAGAACGAUACACUAAUGCAGAUUUACGAGAUGAUAUAUCAAGACAAUAUGAUAAAAUAAAGAAGUUAGAGAAGAAGCUUGAAGAAAAAUCGGCAAAGAUAAAGGAAUUGCAAGCGGAACGAUUUAAACCAAUCACUCCUCAGCCAAGCCGUAUAAAAGAAAAUUCACAAGAAGAUUACUAUAAGAGGUAUAUUAAUGACUUGGAAAAUCAAUUAACUAGACAGCAAGAUGAAAUUAACAGACUAGAAGCAGAGAAAGAUGAUGUAUCAAAGGAGUUAAGUUGUGUGCGUAGGACAGCUAAACAUUAUAAGGAAAACUUUACAAAUUCUGAACGUUCCUUAGAAUCAUUAUCAAAUACAAUUGAAUUAAAGGAUAGAGAAUUAAUAGAACUCAGAAUGUACAAUGAAGAAUUACGCGCACAUAUUAAAGAACUAAAUAAAAGUGCUAGUCCAGAACAAAGUUUCGAAAUUGAAGAUGCCUUAUUUUCUGCUGCUAAGUCGUUUAAUACUAGUGAAGUUUUGAGUUCUGUGAUUGAUAUCCAACUCCAAGAAGCCAAAGAAGAAUCCGCUAUAUUGCAUGCUCAAGUUGAUUCUUUAAAAGGAAGAUUUGAUAUUCUUACAAAAGAUUACAGGGCUGCAAUGGAUUCUAACAGAAAUUUGCAGGAAAAAGUAAAGAUACUAGAUGGGGUGCAGGCGGAAUUAAAUCAUCUUCGGGACGAAUUGAAUGAAUCAAAUACAACUGUUGCGAGUUUACAGGCAGAGAAAAUCUCUCUUGUUACUCAAAUUGAAGAUUUCAAAAGUUCACUUUUAUUUAAGGAGCAAAAAUUAUCUGAAACAGAAGAGUCAAAUACUAAACUUAAUACGGAACUGAAUAACUUAAAUCUAGACGUGAAAAAUUUGAACGAAUUGCUUGAAAAUGAAAGAACAAGUUCUUUGAAUUUAAAUGCUAUUCUAGAACAAACAAAAUUGCAAAUGACAGAACAUAUUGCAAAUUUGAACGAAUUGCUUGAAAAUGAAAAAACAAAUUCUUUGAAUUUAUAUGCUAAUCUAGAGCAAACAAAAUCGCAAGUGACAGAACAUAUUGCAUGCAUACAUAAACUUAUUGAAGAAAAAGAUUCAUACAAAUGUACUAUUGAAGAAUGUAGUAAAAGUUUAAAAAAUAUUUUACAUUGUGACAAUCCGUUUAUACACGUUAAUACUGAUUUAAAUAACUUGACUCUUAAUGACCUUACAGAAUAUAUUGAAAUAAUGUUACACAAUUGCAAUGCAAUGCGCAUUUCGUAUGAAAAUGAUAUCGGAAAAUUAAGAACUACAAUAGAUGAAAUAAAUACAAACCUAUGUAAACAACAAUUAACUAUUACAUCUCUAGAAGAACAGAAUAGGCAGAAUCUUAUGAAGUUAACUAACAUCGAGGAAGAGAAAAAGCAAAAGGAUUUAUUAUUGAAUGAACAGAAGGAAAUUAUCCAUACACAUUCACAAGAAAUCAAAAUUCUAAAAGAAGUUAGAAAUGAGAAACUCAUUUUAGAACAAAAUGUACAUGAACUGACAAAUAAGUUGACAACUCAAGAAUUUUUAUUGAAGUGUAUUAUAACACAGUUAGAGAACUUACGAAACAUAGAUAAAGAUCUCAAACUAAUGAAAGAAGAAACUCAUCAAAACUUUAAUGAAUAUAAAAACAAUGUUGAACUAACGUUUGAAAAGUUGCAACAAGGAUAUUGUGUAAUGCAUCACAAAUAUUAUGAAGUACAACAAGAAAAAGAGAAAUUAGAGUAUAAUUUUAAUUCUAAAAAGGAAGAAUUGUCAAAAAUUCAAGUGAUAAAUACUACAUUGCAGCAAAAUUUAUUAGAAAGCAAAGAAAAGAUAAGCACUUUGGAAGAGAAGAAAAGAAUUCUUUUUGAUGAAUUAAAUGAUUUAAAACGCAAUGUACAAGAAUUAAAAGAUAUAAAUCAAACGUUAGAAGAACAAUAUGCAGCAAUGAAAAUUGAAAAAGAUUAUAAGCUGGAAAGUCUCAAGUCAGAUAAUGCUAAAAUAUUACUAGAGUUAAAAGAUAGCACUGAUAAGCUCAAUUUAUUACAUCGAGAAAUGAGUGAUACAAUGACGCAGAUAGAAUUAAAAGAAACACAAGUUAACGAUUUACUUUUGAAUGUUUCAACCUUAAAAACAGAGAAGAAUGAUUUAAUGCGUUCUCACGAGGAACUACUUGAAACCAAAGAGAAAGAAUUAGUAAUGAAAGAAAAGGCAUUAUUGACAUUACAGACUAAAAUAGAAAAGCUGGCGAGUGAAGCAAACAUCACCGAGAAGAAGAUGAAAGAAAUAAUUAUCAAUCUUCAAGAAGUAAGAUCUAGUCAAGAUGCUGUCUUGGCAACUCAAGAAACAGCUCUGAAAGAGAAGUGUCUGUACAUAGAGGAACUUCAAGAACAGUUUGAUAAUUCCAAAGAGAUCCUGAAUAAAGAACUUGAAUCUGCAAAAUCAUCAUUGCAUGAAAAUCAAGCAAAAUUCUUCGAUCUAGAAAAUCAGCUUAAUAAUCAAAACAAAACUAUAGCAGAAUUGCAAGACAUGCUCAAAACAGUGAAUGCAGAGCUUGAAGCAAGUAAAGAAUAUUGCAAACAUAUGGAUGCAAACCAAGCAGAAAUUGUGAAGUUGUGUCAAGAGUUGGAGAAUCCGACAAAAAAUUUGAAUUCUACGAUAACAGAUAUGUGUUCAGAUUUUAAUUUGCAUGAUGUAACACAAAACGAGUGUAUAAAUAUAGAGGAUAAAUACAAGUGCAUUAAUACCUACAAUAAUGCAAAUAUUUUGAAUAUUAUUAAGAUGACUCUUGAUGAAUUGCACAAAUCUCAGAAAAUUAUUUCACAUUUAUCUUGUACAAAUGCUGAAUUGAACAAGAUUUUGGUAAAACAAGAAGAAGAACUUAUAGAAAACAGUGUAAAAAAUCGUGAAGAAGUCUGUAGUCUUAAGAAUAAAAUACGAGAAUUGGAAAUAAUAGCACAAAAACGGAAUAAUUAUCUGAAAAGUCUUAUAAAAAAUAAAGAAUCUUUAAAGGCUUCUUUACAGAAAGUUUUCGUGACACAGAAUGAUUUAGAUGUUAUUUUAACAUCGUCCAAACAAAAGUGGAAUGAAAUACUGACGAAAUUUCAAGAUAUUUUUCAUACUGACUUUGUUUGCGAUGAAUUUAAACAAUUGCAAAUUAAAAAGGCAAACCUCGAAAAUACAUUCUUGAAGUGUCAAGUUGAUUAUUCAGAGAACAUCAAAUCUAUAUCUGAUAUUUUAUGGGAAAAGUUCUUGUGGACAGAACAAAAAUUACACGAUACUUAUUUAUGUUCAGCGCAUGAAAAAGAGUGUUUAGAUAUAUUAACAAGUAUAGAAGAAGAUCAAUUUUGUAAUGAAAAAGCAAGAAUUGAUAUCAAACUAGAAAAAUUUAAGGCAUUACAAACUGAUUUAAUGAAGUCUGAUGAAGAAGUAGAAUCUUUCACUACUUUAGCCACUUUUUGCGAUAAUAAUUUAAAAUCUGGUGAAAUCAAGAGUCAAGUAGAGAUAGAAAAGAAACUACAAAGUCAAAUUAAUCAGCUGACAAAGGAAAAGAAAGAUCUUAAAACUAAAAUGGACACUAUGCGCUUGAGGAAUGUGAAAUUAGAGAAAAACAUUGAUGAUCUUCGAACAGAAAUCAAGAAAUUAAAAUCGUCAACAGAAGCUAACUUAAUCUCUGAGGAAUCUGAAGUGCAAUCUUUAAAAGAAGAGUUAGAGCAUUUGAAAAACCAGAAUCAACAGCUACAUAAAGAGCAAGAUGAGUUAAACAAGAUGGCAAAGCAAAAAUUUGAAAGCCAGUUAAAAGAGAUUCAUGUUACAUAUGAACAAAAACUAGAAGAUAUGAAACAACAAGUGAAAACAGCCUAUAAUGAGCAAAUAACGAAGCUAAACAAGGAUCAAGAAAAGAUUGUGCAAGAUAAAUUGCAGAAUCAAAUGGAAAUAAUGUGCCAGAGACAGAGAGAAGAACUUGACAAAUACAAAGCACACAUUGGUGGAUUAAGUGCGCAACUUUGGAGUGUUGGAGAAAAACUUCUAAGCGAGCAACAACAGAAGCAAGACGCAUUACAGUGUUUAAAAGAACUACAAAUUAAAAUAAAAGAAUUACAAGCGGAUGAACCAUUAGCCACAAUUUCGCGUAAGACUUGCAGAAUGGAGGAGCAAGAAAUAUUACCUGAAAACACACAACAAAUACAUAAAACACAUAAAGUAACAACACUUAUAACUGAAGAAACACUCGAAAGGAGGCACAGUAUUAGAAGCAUGCAAGCAAUGGGUGAUGUAUUCAAAACGGAGGAUGAGGAAGAAAUUUUUGACAACGUUUAUUUAGAGACAUUUUUUUUUAUUCCAGCUGAUAUGAAAAGAGGUAAUUUCGGGACUGUCACAGAUGUCAACCGUUUGUCCGUUUUACGAAUGAGAAAUUCUCUUUGUAAGCCUCAUCUAAAAUCAUCUUAUCCGACAGAAAUACAAUUCUUGCCUCCAACGUUAACUGAGGAAGAGAUUAAAACAGGCUCCCCAGAAGAGAAUUUUAAUGAUAGCCUUAGCCAAAGUCUUCUACCAGAACAAAAAGCUAGGAAAAAAGAUAGAUCUCAGAUAUCUUAUAAAAAGCCUGGUCCUCCAACACCAAGUAAAAAUGGAGGGAGAUUAUCACUACAGGGUAGUGAAUUAAGAAGCCCAAGUUCCCGUGUAUUGAGAGAACGAAAUGUGGAUAGAAAGACAACAACCACUCCUCAUUCGUUGAAGAAUAUAUUUUCGCUGAAACGGCAAGACGAAAACGCAACUGGCACGCCAAAACGCAGACUCAGUAGUCUUUUUCGCAAACCUCGUUUACAAUCGGAUCGAUGAAUAAAUACUAUGAUCAUACUAUUACGUAUAAAAAAUAACAAUAUGUUAGCAUAACAGCAAAAUUAAGAGCUCGCAAUAGUUACACCACAAAUUAUAUUAAUUUAUAUAAAUAUUGCAGAUGUGUCACGUAGAGUAUAUAUAAAGUAAGAAAUUAUAAUUUGUAAUUUAUAAUUUGUAAUUUUACUACAUAACUUUUUAUUUUUAUUAUGUGACCCGACAUUAUUCUGCAUUGGAAGAUUGAGAAUUAUUGUAACUUUUUGCAAUAAUGUGUAAAUAGAAUGUGUUACAUAAAUAAUUAACAUUUUAUAAAUUUAUAUGAAAUAUUUAAUUGUAUAAAACAUUAUCACAAAAUGUACAGGAAAAAUGAGAUGUAAUUAUAUAUUAUAAAAGUAUAGCUAUUUGUCACGUCUCUACAAUGCCUUCACACAAAUAAAACUACUUAUAAUA